UUUCCUCGUUUCCCCGUAAGUAAAACAAAAACCCCUAUUUAUUAAUAGGCGAAGAAGAGAGAAGAGUCUCUGCAGCAGCUCCUCCCGUUGCGGCGUUGGUGAGAUUCCCCAGCGAAAAAUGAGAACAGCUGAAUUUGCUGUUCUUCGGUCCUUCAAAGAUGUCUUCUUAUCAUCCAGAUUUCGGCAACCCCAUUUGCUCAGAACCCUUUCUACAAACGCACUGAAAACAGAUGCUUCCUCAGGUGAAAAAGAGGAUGAUACACCUCCGCCGAGGCAUGAAUCAGAGGAUGAUUUUCAGCAGAGAAUUUUUGGUGGAAGUAAUGAAGGAACUUCAAAAACGGAAGCUUUUUUUGAAAAGCUCAAUAGAAUCGGGAAAGGUCGCGAUAGCUUUGGCUCAUACAUGACUGGAGGAUCAAGAGGAGGAAAUGCUUCCAGUAUGUUGGAUGGACUGAACGAAAGUUUUGACACGUUACAGGAUGGGCUGGACGGCAAGUUAGAGAAAGCAGCCACAUAUUUUGAAUUUGAUCGCGAAGAAGUAUUGCAGGAUGAUUACUCUUUCAGACCGGAUACGAAUUUUAAGCAGGGAAUGACUUACAAUGUUAAGGAUCUUGAUCUAACAAAGCCGACAUAUCGUAAACCUGUCCAAAGGUCUGCAUUUAAAGUAACUACAGAGGAAGUUCUGAGAAAAGCUGAUUUCAGGAACGUACGUUUUCUAGCAAACUUCUUAACGGAGGCUGGAAUUAUCAAGAAAAGGAACCAGACUCGCAUCAGUGCCAAGGCCCAGAGAAAGGUUGCUAGGGAGAUCAAAACUGCCAGGGCCUUCGGUCUAAUGCCUUUCACGACGAUGGGGACAAAAUCAUUUAUCUUCGGAAAAACUAUGGGGGAUACCCAAGAAGAUUAUGAAUUCGAGAGUUUUGUUGGCGGCGGUGAUGUGAUUAAUGAUGUGGAGGACUGAGGUACACCUUAAAAAUGCCUUAAAGCAGCUGCUUCUCUGAGAGUUGGGGGGUUGUAAUUUCUUUUGAUGGUGAACAGAAAGCUUCUUUACUGGGAACACUGAAGUUCUCAUCUACUUUGGAAGUAUUUCAUCCUUUUAACCUCUUUUGACAAAUUUUUGCCUGGAUUGCAAGCCUUUAACAUGUGGCAGUAGUCUUGUUUUGCUAAUAGUUUGUUUGUUUGUUUUUAUUAUUAUUUUUCCAUUAAUGAAGAUAAUGGAAUUAGAUGUGAAAGAGAGGCCUUUUAUACCAUGUAAUUUUUUGCAGUGAUCAUGGGAGAAAAUCAUGAAUAAAUUAGGUACCUUUGAUCUUAGUACUACACAAUUUUGUAAUGGUGCCUUUUAGUUUAUCGGAUUAGGUCUUUAAACAUCGA